CACAGAUUUCUCACUUCGCAUGGGGGAUGUGAGUUGCCUUGUCGACCGUGUGGGUGGUUGACGGCCGGAUUACCACCAUACUGCGUGAACUCGUCACGCCAUCAUGAUGAGCUCGCUUCGGCCCGGCGCCGAGAGCGAGUGGGCCAAGUCGCUCGACCAGUCGCUGUUCCGCGAGCUACACACGUUCGUGCGGAUGGCGGCGCCUGGGGCCACGAUGCGCGCCUCGCUGGCAGCCCGGCUGAUGCGGCUGACGCGGCGCGAGCGGCGCGCGCUCGUCUCACAGGUGCUGGACGACGGCUGCUCGCCGCUCUUCCUGGCGGCCAAGGAGGGGCAGUUGGCGCUGGUUCAGUACCUGCUGGACAUGUGCGACGCUGACAUCGAGCAGCGUGGCGAGUACGAGGUGGCCAAUGACCGCACGCGGCACCGCGUGACACCGCUGUGGUGCGCCGCCGUAGCCGGCCGCCUUCCGGUAGUGCGCUGCCUCUGCCAGCACGGCGCCGACGUCAACUGCCAGUCGGACUCGGGUUCGACGCCAGUGCGCUCGGCCUGCUUCAUGACGCACCUGGACAUCGUGGUGUACCUGGUGAGCGAGGCCGGCGCCGACAUCCAGCGGCCCAACCACAGCGGCGGCACCUGCCUCAUCAACUCGGUCCAGAGCGAGCCACUCUGCCACUUUCUCAUUCAGCACGGUGCGUGCGUAAACGCGGUGGACAUCCAGCACAAGUCGGCGCUGCACUACGCCAUCCAGGAGCAUCGCGAGGAGACCACGCGCUUGCUGCUGCACCACGGCGCCGACCCCUUCAUCGUCAGCAAGGCUGGUGACGACGCUCUUCAGACGGCUUGCCUCAAGGGCGACCCCACCAUUUUCGCCCUGCUCCAGUCCAAGGUCUCGUACGACGAGGAGCGGCUGGCCGACGCGUACGAGCUGAUCGGCGCCACGUUCGUGGACGAGCUGCGCGACAUCCCCACGGCGCUGAGCUACUGGCGCCAGGCGCUGGCCAUCCGGCACCGUCACCCGCGCCGGCCCAUCGUCAAGCGCCGGCUCGCGCCCAACAAGGUGUACCUGUACCAGCAAGAGUUUCAGACACACGAAGAUUUGGACGACCUCAGGCCGGACUGGGACGCGGUGAAGAUCCAGAGUCUCAUCAUCACCGAACGGGUGCUGGGCGUCACUCAUAAGGACAUGACGUUCCGCCUGAUGUACCGCGGCGCCGCCUACGCCGACUCGCUGCUCUUCCAGCGCUGCAUCGACCUCUGGCUGUACGCUCUGCAGCUGCGCGUGCGGCGCGACCGCGUGCUCUUCCACGAGUCCUGCUUCACGGCCCAGGCGCUGGUCCGGCUGCUGCUGGACGUGCUGGAGCGGCGCGGCGCCGGCCUGCCGCUCGACGCCCUGCAGUACAGCGACGUGGCCGAUACGCUGGACGUGAUCGCGUCCCAGCUGGCCGAGGCCGUACGCCUGGUGCGCGUGCGACCCGUCUACCAGCGCCAGCAGAAGGACUUCGACGUGCUGCUGAUGACGCUGGCGCGCCUGGUGUACCUGCUGCUACACGUGCGCACGACGGCGCACCAGGCGCAGGCGUGGCGCCGUCAGCUGUACGGCGUGCUAAAGCUGCACCCGCGCACCUGCGCCGACGGGAACUCGCUGCUGCAUCUGGCCGUCUCCAACGCCAGCCAGCCCAAGUCGCAGUUCGACGAGGCGCAGCUGGACAUCUUUCCCAGCGCCGAGGUGGCGGCUGUGCUGCUCGAGUGUGGCGCCCCGGUGGACGAGCCCAACGACGCGGGCGUCACUCCUCUCCUGAUGGCGGCUCGCGGACCCGCCUACCGGCCCAGUGUGGUCUCGCUGCUGCUGGCGGCCGGGGCGCAUGUGGACCGGCGGAUCGGCUCCGGACACCGGGACGCGGCGCACACCCUGCUCGACGCCGCCGGACACCGCUACUGCCGCGUGCAGCACGCGCCGCUGCGCUGCCUGGCGGCACGUGUCGUCAGCCGACACGUGCCGCGUGCGGCUGUACCUUACGACCUGCGCUCCUGGGUCGACCAGCACUGAGCGUGUCGCUCUGGUCGCUCUGCCUGUCUGUCUGUCAGUCUGUCUGUUUGUCUGUCUGUCUAUCUGUCGGGUGCGGUGACCACGCACGAUGCACUGAUGGAUGAUGGACAGGAGACGCAGGGGCUGGGACUGGACACCGUUGAGUACAUGCUGGAUGAGUUCGCAAGAUCAAACAAUUCUGCGGCUCGAGCCAGUUUGGUGGCGCGAGACAGCGGUGGGGAUUUCAGACGCAUUAGUGGGUACUUUUUAGAGUAGGCGGCCAGCGCGUCUACUGUUUAUUGACGCGGUGACUUCACUGAAUGUGUAACUGGAGGGCCCCGCCGAUGGUCUGACCAGCGGGCAGUGCCACCGAUGGUCUGACAAGCGGGCAGUACCGCCGAUGGUGUGACUAGCGGGCAGUACGACCGAUGGUCUGACAAGCGGGCAGUGCCACCGAUGGUCUGACCAGACGGGGAAGCCCCGUCGGGCUGCUUUCUCGACGGCCAAUGAUGACCGCCCGACGCCAGAUAACAGGGUUGCUUACAGCCACUGGAGCCGAGUGUUCACGCGAUAGGGCAGGAUUGUCUGCCAGACACCUACAACUGCAGCCGGGCGGUCCCUGGAGCCAGUGUUCACGGGACAGGACAGGCCGUCUGCCCGACGCCGACAGCUGCAGUCACAGACUGCGCGCUGCAGGCGCUCCACUUCAC